CCCCUAAACGAAAACUUAAAUCCAAUAAAAUGUCAAAGAAACUCCCAACUAUAUCCGUAACUGCCGAUCAUCACUCGUCGCACUCCGAUGCAUCAUCAUCAUCGUCAUCCCGUGACUCAGACAGCAAUGACAUGGACUACGGCCGGAAUGGCGCAGGCGGCGUAACCGAUGUCGAGGAUUUCGACAGUCAGGCAGAGGUCCUAAAGCCCAGCUCCCGACGUGGUUCCGCAAAUGCCCUAAACCCCAAGCCAAAACAGCAAAAGGCCAACCCAUUCGACAACGAUGUGACCGAUGUGGAGGACUAUGACACCGAGUCGGAGGACGAAGAGAAGAGCGUCGCCUACCCAGAGCUAAAACUUUCGCUGAGGGAGUUCUUACAGCAAGGCCUACAGAACCAGGAAGCCCUCGACCAGGAUGGCAAGGAGAGAUGCGAAAUAAAAGACGGGGACUUCGUGCAAGCACAAAACCUCAAUGGCCUGGCCGACUAUCUGACCGACUGUGAAGACUACGACACCGACUCCGAGGUGGACUACGGCUGCGAGAAGUCCGUUUGUGUGGAUCUGGACAACGCCGUGGGCGAUUUGGGACGCGUUAACAUAGCCGAUGGCGAAAAGAACCAGGAUGACUCCGAUGAGUACGAGGAUGUGUCCGUGAUCAGCGACAUUAGUGACUUGGCCUCGGCCAUGUCCGACUGCACCGGCAUCGGUGUUCGCGGCAUGUCCGAGGACGAGGUGCUUGAGGUCUCUGACAGCGGCAACGAGGAAGUCUGCCAGAUCGCCUGCUCGGGCAGUGAGUCGGACUCGGAGCAAGGGGCAGCCGGAGGUCAGAGUGUAAGUGAAAGCAGCUAUCCCAUCGAUGUGGCCUUCUUCAGCGUCAGUGGACAGCCGCGUCGCAACUCCAAGUCCACGUUGCCCAUGCCUGGGCAGAAGCAAUUUCUGCAACUGGCGACUAGGAACGAAGAGGUGCUCACCGACGUUGAGGGCAUCGAUGACUCGGCGGCGGAGGACAGUUUUGACAAUGAGGAGGGCGACGAGCAGCCCAUACCACGUGCCGUCAUCCUAGCUUCUGGCGAUGAUGGCACCUGUCUCACGGACAUCGAGGACAUGUGGUGCGAGGACACUUCACUGGCCAGCACAGUGCCUGAAGUUAUUACAGUCUCGCCCGAGGCUUUGCCGUUGCCGCAUCGUGAGGUCGUGGAGCUGAAGGAGGACAAGAACGGAGACACGAUCACAAAUGUCAUGCCCAUGGACAGCAACUACGAGUUUGGCAUCUACAACCACCAGAAAGAUACCGUCCACACCGACUCCGAGGACUACUCGUGCGCCGAAGAUUGGAGUCUGAGUCACUCAGUCGCUGAAGAGGCUGCUGUGGGUGGGCCAGGUCUGAUCGAAAAUGAGGUCAUCGUUUCUAAUGAGCUGAUGAAGCAGCAGCAGAACAAACGCCUGGAGGUCCACUCUAACGCCGAGUCCGUGACCGAUGUGGAGGAGAUAUUUGUUCCCGGUACGAACCGUCGUAAGAAGUUGAAAACACGCACCCUGAGCAAAGGCAAGAACAAACUGCUGGAUGUGGCCAAGACCAAGGAGGAGGGCAUCACCGAUGUCGAGGACAUGGACCUGAGUGAGUGCGGUCUGCCCCCUGGAGUGAGGCGCGUAGACCAACUGAAGCACCAGGCCAAGGGUUCGAAAAACUCCGAUGCCGAGGACAUAUCCACCGACGAUGUAUCUGAUAUUUCUGAUGGUUCCGAUCCACCACCGCACCCACCGACAACUGAGAGGGCGUGCAACAAGAGCAAGCUCCAGCCGCUCCACUUGCGGCUGCUCAAGGAGGAUGUGGUGAGCCAGCAGAACACCGACACCGAGGACGUUCAGCUGCCUUCGGAUGCCGAGGAUGCCCUUGAGGAUCCUCCAGUCAUCCUCGUGGCGAACAGCGAUAGCAAGGAGCUGAACGACAUGCUGAAUGAGAGCUACACCGUGGUGCACGAGAAGAGUGGCCGCAGGUUCAACAGCGAGUCCGAGAAGCUGCACAUAAAAGGCAUGAUUCGUGAUGCCCAUACCGACGUUGAGUAUGUUGAGUCCGACGAGUCAGCCGCUAGAGGAGGCAACUAGUGUCUUCUCCGUGCCCUGGUCUGCUCCGAAACGAUUCGGUCCCAGCUGUUGCUAAAAAGCAUCUCAACAAUAGUUCAUAAGUGUUCAUUGAUACGAAAGUCCUACUGACAAACCCAACACAUACACUCAAGCAUUUUAAACCCUUCAGGAGAAAUUAAUCGACACAUCCAUUCUGGAUACCGAAACGAGCUCACAGCAAAUCG